AUGUCCACUGUAUAUACCGCAAAGAAAAGCCCGAAUGAGUCCAUCUCGGUACUCAAAGGGACAGAAACAGACUCAUCUACCAGUCUUGACAUCGCGCCCUUGGGUGAACCAGGAGAAGAACGUCGGUUUUGGUUCCAGCGAGGCAAAGGCUACAAUUCCGAAGCAGUUGCGACUCAACCAUCUGUCUACGACAACCCUGACACUGCAAAGGAAUUUCAACCCCGAGCCGACUGGGAGAAUCUUCACCGAUUCGACCCAUCUGCUCGGUGGACAUGGAGCGAAGAAUACAGGUUGAUUCGCAAGAUUGAUCUUCGUAUCAUGGUGUUUACUUGCGUCAUGUUCGUGUGUUUGGAGUUAGAUCGCAGUAAUCUAUCACAAGCUUUAACUGACAACAUGCUUCCCGAGUUGAAUAUGACCACAAAUGACUACAAUCUUGGGAAUACGGUGUUUAGGCUCUCAUUCCUUUGUUCCGAACUUCCCUCCCAGCUCCUCAGUAAAUGGGUUGGACCUGAUCGGUGGAUUCCUACCCAAAUGGUUCUUUGGUCUGCAGUUGCUAUGGCACAGUAUGGACUGAAUGGAAAAACAACAUUCCUCUUGUGCCGUGCCCUGCUUGGUAUUUUGCAAGGCGGAUUCAUCCCAGAUGUGAUAUUGUAUCUUUCUUACUUCUACAAACAUCAUGAACUGUCCUUGCGACUCGGUUUCUUUUGGACGGCCAUGCACAUUGCGGAUAUUCUUGCUGGAUUCCUAGCUUUCGGACUUUUGCAUCUUCGUGGUGUGCAAGGUCAAUCGGGAUGGCGUUGGCUGUUCUUGCUUGAGGGCCUUCUGACACUUCUAUUUGGUCUAGCUGCAUAUGUUUUGAUGCCACCUGGACCAUGUGAGACUGCCAAUUGGUCUCGGGGUAAAUCAGGCUGGUUCACUGCCCGGGAGGAAACCAUCAUUGUCAAUCGAAUAAUUCGUGAUGACCCAAGCAAAGGAUCCAUGCACAAUCGAGAACCAAUUACUCCCAAACUACUUUGGAAGAGUCUCAAAGACUAUGAUCUCUGGCCGAUAUACAUUAUCGGACUUACCUUCCAAACACCAGGAACGACCCCUAAGCAAUAUCUGACUCUUACUCUGAGGGGCCUCGGCUUCGACACUUUUGUGACCAAUCUCCUGGUCAUUCCUAGCGAGGCACUAUCUAUUACAUUCAUUCUAGUCCUCACAUACGUCUCGGAAGUUAGCAGCCAGUUAACUUUGGUAUCUAUGAUUGGGCAAAUAUGGUUACUUCCCUUCUUGGUCUAUCUAUACAUAGUCGACAUCAAUACCGCAAACAAGUGGUCUGUGUGGGCCGUGAUGACACUGCUACUGUCGUUUCCAAACGCGCACGCUAUUCAAGUUAACUGGAACUCCCGCAACUCGAACACUGUCCGAUCCCGGACGGUCUCGGCUGCCAUGUAUAACAUGUGUGUCCAAGCAUCAGCAGUCAUUGCUUCCAAUAUCUAUCGCGCUGAUGACGCCCCCCGCUACCGAAGAGGCAAUCGUACUCUAGUGGGACUUGGUGUCUCCAAUAUCUUCAUAUAUUUGUUGACAAAGGUAUACUAUGUCUGGCGCAAUCAAAGCCGCGACAAGAAAUGGAACGCCAUGACGGACAAUGAAAAGAUGCAUUACGUGGCAACCACUAAGGAUGAAGGAAAUAAGCGACUAGAUUUUAGAUUUGCCCAUUGA